CGCAAGGUCGGCCUGCAGAGUGUACCAUCAUAGACGAUUCCAGCCUUGACAGUUGCAGCAAGCAACUAUUUUCGCGUGUAGUUUAACCCCACAUUUCUCAAUAAAUUCUCACUACAAACCCCAACUGAAAAGCAGGCCGUGCUCUGCUCUCUUUCGUCUCAUCUUUAUCAGAUCAUUUCAUCUAUCAAAUCCCCCAAAAUUCUCCCUUUCUAAACCAAUAAUUGAUAUCUGAAUCAUUUGAUUAAUGGGUUUCGAAGGAGAAGAAGAAUCGGCCCCGAAAUUACCUAAACAAUCCAUUUUUAGGUACAAUUCUCCACUAGUCCAGGUCAGUCUUAUCGGUUUAGUGUGCUUCUGUUGUCCGGGAAUGUUCAAUGCUCUCUCCGGCAUGGGUGGUGGUGGCCAAGUUGACCAAACCGCGGCCAACAACGCUAACACCGCUCUUUAUACCACUUUUGCGGUCUUUGGCAUUUUAGGUGGUGGAAUCUACAACAUCUUGGGUCCUCGCCUCACUCUCGCCGCUGGUUGCAGCACUUACGUCUUAUAUGCUGGUUCUUUUCUCUAUUACAAUCAUCACAAACAUCAAACUUUUGCCAUCGUCGCCGGAGCCAUACUUGGUAUCGGAGCUGGACUACUCUGGGCCGGAGAGGGGGCAAUUAUGACAUCUUACCCACCACCAAAUCGUAAAGGAACGUAUAUUUCACUUUUUUGGAGUAUUUUCAACAUGGGUGGUGUAAUCGGUGGUUUAAUUCCAUUUAUUCUCAAUUACCACCGAAACGAGGCUGCUUCCGUUAACGAUGCAACUUAUAUCGGUUUCAUGUGCUUUAUGUCAGCCGGAACACUGUUUGCCUUGGCCAUUUUGCCGCCUAGCCAGGUUGUCCGCAACGACGGAACCAGAUGCACUCAUAUCAAAUACUCUAAUGUCUCAACAGAGGUUGUCGAGAUUAUGAAAUUGUUUCUCAACUGGAAAAUGCUUCUGAUAGUACCGGCCGCUUGGGCUAGCAAUUUCUUCUACACCUAUCAAUUUAAUCAUGUAAAUGCAGCGUUAUUCAAUUUGAGAACCAGAGGAUUGAAUAAUGUAUUCUACUGGGGAGCUCAGAUGUUGGGUUCUAUUGGAAUUGGAUAUGUACUGGAUUUUAGUUUCCAAAGUAGAAGAAUGAGGGGAUUUGUUGGAAUUGGGAUUGUUGCUGCUCUUGGAACUGCAAUCUGGGGAGGUGGUCUCGCUAAACAGCGUGGGUACUCCCUCAAUAAUCUGCCGCCCAAGUUGGAUUUCAAGGAUUCUGGGUCCGAUUUUGCUGGCCCUUUUGUUCUGUACUUUAGUUAUGGGUUGCUAGAUGCCAUGUUUCAGAGCACGGUUUACUGGAUUAUCGGAGCCUUGGCUGAUGAUUCUGAGAUCCUAAGCAGGUACGUUGGAUUCUACAAGGGAGUGCAAAGUGCAGGAGCAGCAGUUGCUUGGCAAGUUGAUACAAACAAAGUUCCAAUGCUAUCGCAGCUAAUUGUGAAUUGGUCGCUCACUACAAUAAGUUAUCCAUUGUUGAUUCUACUAGUAAUGCUGGCUGUCAAGGAUGACCAUAACAAGGACACAGUGACAUAUACCAAUGAAUUGGCCAAUCCUGCACCAGCAGAAGACUCCACCAAGCCAAUCUAGUGGUUAUGAAUUUAUAAUGUGCCAUUUCUGCAGUUAAAAUGAAAGAGUAUUUGCAAUUUUUAGGUCAAGUGUUAGUAUUCUGAUGUUUCUCAUGUUUAUUUGAUCUUCUUCUGACAUUAGAAUUAACUGAUUUGCGUGUGCUUUAUGUUCUUCACCAUACAUGGAAUAUUUGUACCUGUAAUACUAAUUUUGAUCCAGUCAGGCAAGUAUAAUAAUCCAGUCCAGCUGGCCCGUUGGAAUU